AUGGGGAGUGAUGAGGCUCAUUCAGAGGCAGCAUCUGGUGUGCUUUUUUCUCAGAAAAAGGAUAUCUGCAUUUGUCAGUCACCAUCAGUAAUCAGCAAUACAAUAAUGCAUUAAAAAUGGUGGUUAUUUGUUCUGGCUAGCAAAUCCAGGAAAUCAUCUCAGUCUCAGUGGAGCAGGGUUUAAAAUUUCAAAUGCUACACUACUAGCAAGCCUUAAAAAAAAUAAAAAAAAAAGACUCACUAUUGCAAGCAUGGAGGGUCUAAGCAAUACUCACCAUGAGUAAAUUUCUACUAGCCAUGGCUACAUUUUUACUCGCCAAUGGCUACUUGGGAUUUUAAAGGAACACUAUUGCAUUAGGAAAUAUUCCUAACGCUAUACUGUUUUUCACCUAUUUGAAUUACUGACCCCUUUCCCCAUCCCAGAAGUUGGGGGGGAGGAGGGGACAACAGAUUUACUUACCUUAUUUUUCUAUGCAUGCCAGUCUCCGUGCUGCAAUUCUGCCUCUGCUGGCUGAGAUCAUCAAUACUGAUAAUCUCAGCCAAUCCAAUGCCUCUCCACGUGGAAGCAUUGGGAGGCUAAGGCUCAUGCGUGGCAGUCGCUGAGCUGUGGACAAUCAACAUCUGCUAAUGAGUCAAUGCAUUUUAUGGGGAAGCAUGCAUUGUUUGGAGAUGUUGAACAUCAAUUCUGCAAUAUUUGCCUGAACAAGCAUAAGAAGCCCCUCUAGUGACAGCCACCAGAGGUGGUGUUAGCCAAGUUCAGCCUCCAGGACAGGCUAUAUGCCCAGUGACCACUAUAUUAAGUGCCUAUAGUCCCUAUCUUAGACUACACUGUAAUUGUCAUUCAUUUUUCUUCAGUCCAUGCAGAAGUAAUUCUGCCUUCCUUAGGAUUUUGAAAUGUUUAACAGGUAAGAAGGUAGAUAUAAUCACCAAAUUUUAUUAAAGGACACAGAGGCUCCUAUUAGGCUUAUCUCUUUUAUUCCUCAGCAGCAAAGAAAGCUAAGGUGUUUAUUUGUAGAAAAGAAAUAUGCAUAAAUACCCUCACAGGGUUAACAUUACAUCAUUAUCUCUUAACCAAUAGCAACAGUCCUUCUCUGAUAUCCUCUCAUGUAACCUUCCUCUCUUUCUUUUCUGCUGCCUCAGCUAAGUAACACCUUGUUUCUUACACUUCAUUGUGAUUGAUAUAUGUGUAUAUGUUUUGAAUUGAUUUAUUAUCGUUUGUUGGUCACUAUUUGCACUGAAACGCCUUGGGUGUUUUGUUUCAGCCCUCCCUGAGGGCUCAUUCCGUGGGGAAGCCCUUCCCAGGCUUCCACCGCUGGUUUAUUACCCUCCCCACUUGGUCGCACAGCGCAGGGAACCCUCUGGGAACAGCUCGGUCUCCAUCUUAAAGGGAUGGCGACACAAUAGUUUGCCGCUCUCUUUUUCCUCUCAGCUCGCACAGCCCAUUAAGAGGGCGCAAGCUGAUUGGUCUGUUGGCUUGCCUGUCAGCUUACCAGUGCCCCCAGAGGCCAUUCCUGAGGGAACACUCGGUAAGCUAACAGUGCAAUCUUUUGUUUCUGUCUUGUUGCCUUGUCUCCUCCUUUAUCAGCCUCUAGACUGCUACUGCAGAGGGUUAGCUAUACCAGCCUUAUUAGCUACUGUGUCAUACACACUUAUCUGUCCCAUGAUGCAGACCCCUAAUGAAUACUCUGCCCUGGCCCCAGUGAUAAAGUGGAUGCCAAAGCCCACCACCGACCCACGGUGUCUGAACCCCUAACCCUGCAAGGGGACGUAGUGACCCCUCUGGAGCACCUGGACUUCCACUCGCUCCUAGACGCCACCAUGUCAAAGUCAGUCACCCAAGCUUUUUAUACCGCAAUGGGGGUUAUGUCUGACAGCAUAUCACACUCCAUUUCGAAAUGCCAUUAAGGCAUCCAACCCCAAGAUAACCCAUGCCAGGGCCGCAGAAGAGGGUCCUUUACACAGAGAGGGAUGUAAAGCCAUAAGCAAAACCCACAAUGUGGGAAAGCAUGCCUCCAAAAUUGAAUUGACGGACAGGGUAUGUCCUGUCACAUCUGAGGUCGUGGGACCCCCACGAAAACGAGCUACCCGCUGGGCAAAAGCGGCACGGACAUGGAAAAGGGCAAAAGCCCUAACAGACUCUUCCGACUCUGGUUCGGAUGCUGAGGAGGUUUCGAACGAGUCCGACGAGGUCGACUCAAGUGAAUGGGAGGGUUCCUCCCCAGGCCAUAGUCCACCACGCAAUUCAUAG